CGAUAUCCUAACAAUUACGAUUUAGACUUUAAUAAUGAAGGUCAUUGGAAUUGAUCUUGGUACAUCAAAUUCUUGUGUUGCUGUGUACAAGAUAAAUCAGAUAGAAAUUAUUGACAACGACCAAGGAGAACGCGUAACUCCAUCAUGGGUGUCAUUUACAGACGAUGAGAGACUCAUAGGCAAUGUUGCCAAACUAGAAGUAUCAAGCAAUUUUGAGAGAACUUUAUUUCAGAUCAAGCGUUUAAUUGGUCGUACAUACGAUGAUCCAAUGGUGCAAGCGGACAUGAAGUUGUGGGGAUUCACUUUGAUUAAUGAAGAAAAUAAGCCAAAGAUAUCGAUUGAACAUAAGGGCCGCCGCAAAAUAUUAGCCCCGGAGGAAAUCAGUGCAAUGAUUCUCGAAUCUCUUAAGACAUCUGUUGAAGAUCGUCUUGAUGAAACAAUCACAGACGCCGUAAUAACCGUUCCUGCAUAUUUUAAUAAUACUCAACGCAACGCAACCAUAGAUGCAGCACGAAUAGCUGGACUUAACGUUCUGCGUGUGAUUAAUGAACCGACUGCUGCUGCGAUCGCUUAUGGAUUAGAGAAAGAGACCAACGAAGAACAGAAUGUUCUUGUCUUUGACCUGGGAGGUGGAACUUUUGACGUCACAAUUGUUAAAAUCAAGAACAAAGAAUUUGACGUCAAGGCAACAGGCGGUGAUACUCACUUAGGAGGUGAUGAUUUUGACAAUUGCAUGGUGAACCAUUUUGUCUCUGAGUUCAAUCGUAAAAAUGAUUGCGAUAUGUCUCCAAACAAACGGGGAAUAAAUCGACUACGUAUCGCUUGUGAAAAUGCAAAGAAGAACCUAUCUGUGAAGAAAAAUGCAACAGUUCAAGUAGAUGGGCUUCACAGCGGUAUCGACUUUAAAAGUUCCAUCACCAGGGCAAAGUUUGAGGAUCUUAACCGUGAUUAUUUCGAAAACACUCUCAAAACUGUAAAAGACACACUUUUAAGUGCUGAUAUGAAUAAAAGUGAGAUAGAUAAGGUUGUGCUUGUCGGUGGAUCUACACGAAUUCCAAAAGUGCGAGAGUUAUUACAAAAUCUUUUUGGAGAAAAUAAAAUCAACAAAACUGUUAAUCCAGAUGAAGCAGUUGCGUAUGGAGCGGCAGCAUUGGCUUCUAACAUAUCCAAAGAUGAAUUAUCUGAGUUAAGAGAGUUGAAGAUCAGUGACGUUGUUCCGCUGUCACUUGGGUAUAAACAAAGUGGAGGAGGCAUGGUUACUGUUGUGAAACGUAAUACAAAAAUACCAACGAAACAAUGGAACAAAAAUUCGACAGCCAAAGAUAAUCAAAUAGAAGCAAGAUUCACCAUAUAUGAGGGCGAACGAGCCGCUGCGAAGGAUAACCAUUUUCUUGGAAAGUUCUCCGUCAAAGGCAUACCUGCGGCUUUACGAGGAGUUGAAAAAUUCAAGACGUGUUUUAUCGUAGAUGAAAACGGAAUUCUUACUGUGACUUCUCGCAAUGUCAGCACUGGAAAAGAAAACCAAAUCACAUUUGAUAAGAGCGGAAAGCUCAGUGAAGGAGAACUCAGACGAAUGUUAGAAGAUGCCAACAGAUUCAAACAAGACGAUGCCGAGUGGAAAGAACGGAGCGAACAAGUUCACAAGCUUGAGGAUUUAGUCUACGCCGUCAAGCAUGCAGUUACCGGAGAAAUGAGUUUUGAUGUUUCGGAUAAAGACAAGAAAGAAAUAAUCAAAAUCUGCAAGAAAGUAAAUACCUGGAUAAACGAUAAUCAAAAUCCACAAGUUCACGAUUCGAAAAAGAAAAUGACUGACCUGGAAAAAAUAUGCAGACCCAUAUUUGAAAAAAUUCGAGAUAGUUCUGAAAUUUUGCGCAUUUUUCAGAAAUGAAUGAUUAUAAUUUAUGUAAGAAACUAUUCAUUAUGAUAUAUCUCUCUAAUUGAAAUUUGAUUAAACUACUGGCCUAAUUGUAUAUACACCGUGAUAUCAUUAUCGUUUCUAAAAAACUUAAAAAUAAAAAAAAAAUUAUUUUAAAUUUA